GCUUCCGGUGCUGCGCAGUUUCCGGAGCGGAUCGCAACCCGGAGUCCGGAUCCGAGCCCGCUCUGCACAUUCCACAGGCAGGUAAAAGGAUCGAGGCCCCAGAAUUACCGUGUCCAGAUUAUCCCUCCAGUAAGUGGGGAUUCUGCCUCACGGGACGAACAGAACACAGAGUUUUACGAGGCGUCCGAAAUGGCUGAAGACGGGAGCGAGGAGAUCAUGUUCAUCUGGUGUGAGGACUGCAGUCAGUACCACGACUCCGAAUGUCCUGAGCUGGGCCCCGUGGUCAUGGUCAAGGACUCCUUUGUGUUAAGCAGGGCACGAUCAUCCCUCCCUUCCAACCUGGAGAUCCGGCGGCUGGAAGACGGGGCCGAAGGAGUGUUUGCGGUGACUCAGCUCGUCAAGAGAACACAGUUCGGUCCGUUCGAGUCGAGGAGAGUGGCCAAAUGGGAGAAGGAAUCCGCGUUUCCCCUGAAGGUGUUCCAGAAGGACGGGCACCCCGUGUGUUUCGACACCUCCAACGAGGACGACUGCAACUGGAUGAUGCUGGUGCGGCCGGCGGUGGGGCCCGAGCACCAGAACCUGACAGCCUUCCAGCACGGCAACGACGUCUACUUCACCACGUCGCGGGACAUCCCGCCGGGCGCCGAGCUGCGCGUGUGGUACGCCGCCUUCUACGCCAAGAAGAUGGACAAGCCCAUGCUGAAGCAGGCCUGCCCCGGGGCCCACGCUGCAGGCACGCCGGAGAGCAGCGCCGCGGUGGAGUCCGAGCCCAGCCAGUGGGUGUGCAAAGUGUGUUCCGCCAGCUUCCCGGAGCUGCAGCUGCUGAACGAACACCUGUUGGGUCACUUGGAACAAGCCAAGAGCCUGCCCCCGGCCAGCCAGCACGAAGCAGCGCCUGAGAAGGAACCAGAUGUGCCCCGGGGGGAGCCUCCUGGAGUUCCCAAGAGUGUCAGUGCCACCAAAGAGCAGAAGAAAAAGCCUCGAAGGGGAAGAAAACCCAAAGCAUCAAAACCUGAGCAGCCUCUAGACAUCAUAGAAGGCAAGGAGCCGCCAGAGCCAGUGGCCGAGAUCGUAACUGAGGUCCCGCCAGACGAGCCCGUGGCCGCAGCGCCAGACGACCGCAUCAUGGAGCUGGUCCUGGGGAAGCUGGCCACCAGCCCCGGCGACACCAGUUCCGUGCCAAAGUUCCCGCACCAUCAGAGCACCACCAUCACCCUCAAGAGGAGCCUGAUUCUGUCCAGCCGGCACGGCAUCCGGAGGAAGCUCGUCAGGCAGCUGGGCGAGCACAGGCGGGUCUACCAGUGCAGCAUCUGCAGCAAGGUCUUCCAGAACAGCAGCAACCUGAGCAGGCAUGUGCGCUCGCAUGGCGACAAGCUGUUUAAGUGUGAGGAAUGUGCCAAGUUGUUCAGCCGCAAGGAGAGCCUGAAGCAGCACGUCUCCUACAAGCACAGCAGGAACGAGGUGGAUGGCGAGUACAGGUACCGGUGUGGCACUUGUGAAAAGACCUUCCGCAUCGAGAGUGCGCUGGAGUUCCACAACUGCAGGACAGAUGACAAGACGUUCCAAUGUGAGAUGUGUUUCAGAUUCUUCUCCACCAACAGCAACCUCUCCAAGCACAAGAAGAAGCACGGGGACAAGAAGUUCGCCUGCGAGGUCUGCAGCAAAAUGUUCUACCGCAAGGACGUCAUGCUGGACCACCAGAGGCGGCACCUGGAAGGCGUGCGGCGGGUGAAGCGGGAAGACCUGGACGCUGGUGGCGAGAAUCUGGUCCGCUACAAGAAGGAGCCCUCGGGAUGCCCCGUGUGCGGCAAGGUGUUCUCCUGCAGAAGCAACAUGAACAAGCACCUGCUGACCCACGGCGACAAGAAGUACACCUGUGAGAUCUGCGGCCGCAAGUUCUUCCGCGUGGACGUGCUCAGGGACCACAUCCACGUCCACUUCAAGGACAUCGCGCUGAUGGACGACCACCAGAGGGAGGAGUUUAUCGGCAAGAUCGGCAUCUCCUCGGAGGAGAACGACGACAACUCAGACACGAGCGCGGACUCGGAGCCUCACAAGUACAGCUGCAAGCGGUGCCAGCUGACCUUCGGCCGGGGGAAGGAGUACCUGAAGCACAUCAUGGAGGUCCACAAGGAGAAGGGCUACGGCUGCAGCAUCUGCAACCGCCGCUUCGCCCUCAAGGCCACGUACCACGCUCACAUGGUCAUCCACCGCGAGAACCUGCCAGACCCCAACGUGCAGAAGUACAUCCACCCGUGUGAGAUCUGCGGGCGCAUCUUCAACAGCAUCGGGAAUCUGGAGCGGCACAAACUCAUCCACACGGGUGUCAAGAGCCACGCCUGCGAGCAGUGCGGGAAGUCCUUCGCGCGGAAGGACAUGCUGAAGGAGCACAUGCGCGUGCACGACAACAUCCGGGAGUACCUGUGUGCCGAGUGCGGGAAAGGCAUGAAGACCAAGCACGCGCUGCGUCACCACAUGAAGCUACACAAGGGCAUCAAGGAGUACGAGUGCAAGGAGUGCCACCGCAAGUUCGCGCAGAAGGUCAACAUGCUGAAGCACUACAAGCGGCACACGGGGAUUAAAGAUUUCAUGUGUGAGCUGUGCGGCAAGACCUUCAGUGAGAGGAACACGAUGGAGACCCACAAGCUCAUCCACACAGUGGGCAAGCAGUGGACAUGCUCCGUGUGCGACAAGAAGUACGUCACCGAGUACAUGCUGCAGAAGCACGUGCAGCUCACGCACGACAAAGUGGAGGCGCAGAGCUGCCAGCUGUGUGGGACCAAGGUGUCCACCAGGGCCUCUAUGAGCAGACACAUCCGGCGCAAACACCCGGAGGUCCUGGCUGUGAGGAUCGACGACCUGGACCACCUCCCGGAGACCACCACCAUCGAUGCCUCCUCCAUUGGCAUCGUCCAGCCUGAACUGAGUCUGGAGCAGGAGGAGCUGGCCGAGGGGAAGCACGGGAAAGCCUCCAGGAGGGCCCACAAGAGGAAGCAGAAGCUGGAGGCGGAGGCGGCGGGCGCCCCGGGGCCGGAAGCGACCACCUUCAGCGAGUACGCAGAGAAGGAGCCCGUGCUGUCGGGCGUGGGGGACGAAACGGACUCCGCGGUGCAGAGUAUCCAGCAGGUGGUCGUGACCCUGGGGGAUCCGAAUGUGACCACCCCAUCGAGCUCAGUGGGCCUGACCAACAUCACGGUGACCCCUAUCACCACCGCCGCUGGGACUCAGUUCACCAGCCUCCAGCCCGUGGCCGUCGGGCAUCUGACCACCCCGGAGCGCCAGCUGCAGCUGGACAACUCGAUCCUGACUGUGACCUUUGACACCGUCAGUGGCUCCGCCAUGCUGCACAACCGGCAGAACGACAUCCAGAUCCACCCCCAGCCCGAGGCCACAAACCCGCAGUCGGUGGCGCACUUCAUCAAUCUGACCACGCUGGUCAACUCCAUCACACCCCUGGGCAGCCAGCUCGGCGACCAGCACCCGCUCACGUGGCGCGCGGUGCCGCAGACAGACGUGCUGCCGCCGCCCCAGCCGCAGGCGCCCCCCCCACAGGCGCCGCCGCCGCAGGUACAGGCGGAGCCCCAGCCGCAGAUGUACAGCUACUGAGCCGCACGGCAGAGUGUGUAGAUGGAGACCCACACUCGGGUGUCCUUUCUCAUUUUUGAGAUUCAUUUGCUGGAUACCAAACCGAGGGAAAAAAAAAGUUACUAUCACAACGUCCGUAAGGUUGACUAGGCCUUGCAGCAUUCUCUCCAGACCCCCUCCCGGCAUCGCAGUCUGGGGGCGCGCCUCGAGUGACCCCGGAGGUGGCUGCGUGUGCCUGGCAGAACUCGGUUUUGGGGCACACGGGGUCAGGGGAAGGGGGGCAAGCGGGAGCAGAGAGGCGAGUGAUGUGUCAGGAGGGACACAGUGGCCCACCUGCCUCCUUCAGGGCAGGAUCCCCACCUGGGGACUUGGGGAUGAGUCUCACGGGACCUGGGUGGCGAGGAAGCUCCCACUUCUCGCUUCUGGGUGUUUUUGAUGAAUGAGCAGUUAGACGUUAAAGUGAUGUUUAUUUUCUUUGAAAUUUGAGUCGAGUUGAAUUUGUGACCCAACUCUGGGCUGAAGGCACCCUGUGGCUUCCGCUGACGCUCUGGGCACAGUCGGCCUGGGCUGGGGGGUCCCAGACAUCGCUGACUCGGGCCUCAGAGGCCUCUUUGUAACAUAACGUGGAUCGAUUUUUCAUUUCUUUGUUUUUGUUUUUGUUUUUUUUUACUGUAUUUCGAGCCCAUGUUAUGUAUUCAGGGCUGUCCCGGCCACGUUGUUUUCGAUCUUGAACACGCUCAAGUCGUUUGCACUGUAGGAGCGUCGGUCUGCGUGCAGCUCUGCACGGCUGCCCGGGCGUGAGGGACACGCCGCCGUGGGCGACACGGCCGCUGCACGCGUCCCUCCCGGGGCUCCUGCACGGCUGCCCGGGGACCAUUGGCCAAAUAUAUUUAUCACAGUGAGGCUCAGCCGAUCCCAGCAAAGGACAGGGAAGAAACCGUGUGUUCUUUCUGCUUGAACUGAAUUCCAAAGGUUGAUGUGUUUCAAGACCAAUGUUUUAGAAAAACGUCGAGCGAGCGUGGCUCUCCCAGCGGCAAAGUACACGUCUCCGAAACCCAGAUGGGCCGCCUUCUGCCAGGCGGCAACAAAACAGAAGAGGUUCGCUCACAAGCAGAAGCGUGAACGGCCUUCGUGAACGAGCGUGCCAAGUUACAGCCGCGCGCAUCCCCGGGACACGGCUCCCACGUGCGCGCGCGCCUGUCAGCAGCGCGGGGCCUGGCCCACGUCCUCUCGCGGCUCAGCCAGGGACACAGCGGCGCGGCGUUCACCCUCCUGAUCCCCGUAACGCUGUCCGAACCGCAUCCUAAUGUGCCCUUAUACUGGCCUUGCUCCCUCGUUACUGCGCGUCCUGUCUUCUUGGGACACCCACGCGGAAGGACGAGCAAGGCAUCCGUAGUGAAUACGCCGGAGGACUCUUGGCCGUCGCUGAGGCCAGGGACGAUUCGUUCUGCAAAAUCAAGUUUCCCAGCACUUCACCUGGUUCCCAGUAGCAGGAGUCUGAGGACAGGGCUAGGAUUUGUUUCGUGCAAUUCUCGUCUCCAGAACCGCGGGGAGGCCUACGCCCGCCCUAGGCAAGCGUGUCUCAGGACGCGGCUCCGUGACACUCCCGUCGCCUGCCUGGCGGUUGAAUUCACAGUGGGAGAUUAUUUGAUUUUUUAAUUUAUGAUAAUUAUUUUUAUGUUAUUUAUGUAUAUAAUUAACUGCUUUCUACACAAUAGUUUCAUCAAAUGAACUUGGGCUGGGAGUGAUAUAUUUUCUAAAAUACCGUCCUCGUUCUCCAAAUAUAACGGGGCCAGGUACCCACGGGAUCAAGAACACGAAGAACACCAAGAUUCCUAACAUAUUU